AUGAUGAAAUCUUCAAGAGUUUCGUUAAUGAUCCUAUGGUUUCAGUUAAGCUGGUCACUGAGCCAACAGAAGGGAGUGAAGCAAAGUCCUGGAUCCCUGACUAUCCCAGAGGGAGCAAUAGCCUCUUUCAACUGCACCUAUGAGGGCCUUACUUUUCAGUACUUCAUGUGGUACAGACAACAUUCCGGGAAAGGCCUUGAGUUACUGAUGACCAUAUACUCCAGUGAGGAUAAAAAAGGAAGAUUUACAGCACAGCAUAAUAAAGGCAGCCAGUAUGUCUCCUUGCUCAUCACAGACUCCCAGCCUGGUGACUCAGCCACCUACCUCUGUGCAGGGAACACACAGUGCUCCCCAGGCACCUGCAACCCACACACGAACCUCAGCGAGGGCUCCAGGAAUGCCUGCCUGACAAAGAGCUUAGACCAUGGGGCAGAGAAAUCCUCUCUGCUUUCUAGAUGGGCACAAGGCCAACAGAAGGGGGUGAAGCAGAGUCCUGCAUCCUUGACUAUUCCAGAGGGAGCCAUAGCUUCUCUCAACUGCACAUAUGAGGACCGUUAUUCUCAGAACUUCAUGUGGUACAGACAGUAUUCAGGGAAAGGCCCUGAGUUACUGAUGUUUGUAUACUCUGAUGAAGAUAAAAAGGAAGGAAGAUUUACAGGACAGCUUAAUAAGGGCAGUCAAUAUGUCUCCUUGCUCAUCACAGACUCCCGGCCUGAGUUUAAAAUCUGGAUCCUCUGUGAAUCUGGAAAGAAAAGAAUGAUGAAAUCUUCAAGAGUUUUAUUAAUGAUCCUAUGGCUUCAGUUAAGCUGGUCACCAAGCCAACAGAAGGAUUUGAAGCAGAGUCCUAGCUCCUUGAGUAUUCUGGCAGGAGCAACAGCCUCUCUCAACUGCACCUAUGAGGACCGUACUUUUCAGUACUUCAUGUGGUACAGACAGUAUUCUGGGGAAGGCCCUGAGUUACUGAUGUCCAUAUACUCCAGUGAAGACAAAAAAGGAAGAUUUACUGCAUUGUUUAAUAAAGGCAGCCAGUAUGUCUCCUUGCUCAUCACAGACUCCCAGCUCAGUGACUCAGCCACAUACCUCUGUGCAGGGAGCACACAGUGCUCCCCAGGCAACCGCAGCCCACACCCAAACCUCCAGCUACGACUCCAGGAGUGCCUGACAAAGGGUUUGGACUGUGGGGCAGAGAAAUUCUGCUUGCUAUCUAGAUGCAAGUGGAAAUUAAGGUUAAUAAUAUGCAAAAGGUGA